CAGAAGGACGGCGGCGAGGAACAGCCUGGCGACGUUCCUGGACAGCCCGGAGGAGGCCGGAGAGCUCGGGGCAGGCUGAGGGAAUGCCCUGAGCCCCCCCCAUCGAGGCACGGCCCUGGGCGAGGGCCAGCCCAGCGCUGCGUCUGAACUUAACAAAACUCCGAUACAAAUCCCACGUUAUCUGUUUAAAAGGCACAGAACGACAAGGCAUAGAGCUAGCGACAGUUUCUGUUAACCUUGGGGGGGGGGGAGGCAGAGAGAUAGAAAGUUUACGAGGGGAAAUAUGUGUAAAAAUUACAUUUUUAUAGCGUUCUGCAGUGAUCAUUGUCAAUCUGAAAAAGGAGUUUGGAAGACCUAGGCAAGUAGUCUGCUGUUCAUUACCACAGACCAUUAAGCUGAGGGUGAAGCGAUCUCAGCCCAUCCAGAUGUCACAUCACCACACCUUACAGAGCCUCGGAGGAUUUCAGCACAUUCUGUUGAUCCUUUGUGCCUUCCACACACAGCCCAGAGGUUUGGCCAUACCAUGGUCCAAGGUCUAGUUUGGUGCAACAUUGCUGUGUGACCCUGUGCCCCCCCCCAUUGGUUCUCAGGCUCCAGUUUAACGAAGACAGACCAACUCUUAAACUCACCAGUUUCAGCAAGAUACAACCCAGCUUCUAGAGUUCCUCUGACCUUGCAAGUUGGAGUGAGAUUUUUUAACAUGUUGCCUGUUAAAGGAUAUUACUGAGUGGUGAAAAAUGUUGCUGGAUAUUUUUCAAGAAGUUUCUCUAAGCCUUUCCUGUCCUUUCUAAAUCCUAUUACAUGCCUGGAAAAAGGAAUAGAAGUUUGGGGCAGUCCCAGUCAGACAGCUGGGCAGUCAGACUUCUAUCUUUAAUAGAGACGUAAUAAUUUUUGCUUUAAAAGCUACAUGAGUCACGAAUCAUCCCUGUCAUGUGAAUCCACAUGCAUCACAGUUGGAAGAAAAAAGGUGCCUUAAAUGAAGUUUGCCACAGAUACCUGAAUUAUAACACUGUUUGGAACCGAAAGACAACAGGAUUUCACCUUCUGGAGCAGAGAUUUCAUGGAUUCAAAUUCCAGCACUGUGGUGGUAACUGGUUUUGGUCCCUUCAGACAAUACUUGGUUAAUUCCAGCUGGGAGGCAGUGAAGGAGCUGUCCAAGAGAGGCCUUGGUGAAAACAUCAAUCUCCAGGUCAUGCAGCUGCCAGUGGUUUACCAAAAAGCAAAGGAGCAAGUCAUUAAGAUAUGGACAACUCUUCAGCCACUGCUUACUGUUCACGUUGGGCUGGCUUCAUCCACCACAGUCAUCAUCCUGGAGCAGUGUGGGAAGAACAAAGGCUACCAAGACAGGGAUGCUUGUGGUUUUCACCCAGAAGGUGCCUGCUGCGUGCUAGAUGGCCCAGAAAAGAUUGAAUCUACAAUUAAUAUGAAGACUCUCUGGAAAAACGUUUCAGUGGAAGGGAUUGAUAUCAUCUUCUCCAGAGAUGCGGGGAGGUACAUCUGUGAUUACACCUACUACACUUCUCUGUAUUAUGGCAAUGGAAGAGCAGCUUUCAUCCAUGUGCCUCCAUUAUCCAACAACGGGCUGUGA